AUGGGUUUUGGAAGUAAAUGGGUGAAAUGGAUUAAGAACAGUGUUUUGAGUAGUUAUAUGUCAGUUAUUGUUAACGGUAGUCAAACUCAAGAUUUUAAGGUGAUGAAGGUAUUAAGACAAGGAGAUCCCUUGUCUCCCUUUCUAAUUACCAUUGUGGUAGAAGGCUUGGCAAUAUUGGUUCGAAGAGCUGCGGAGGCAGGUAUCCUAAGAGGAUUUGAGGUUAUUGAAGGUGUAUCUUACAAUCUACUUCAGUACACGGAUGAUACGAUGUUAAUAUGCGAAGUUGCUUGA